CGCGGGUCUGGCGCGUCUCUUUCUUCCAAAGUUGGAGCUCUCCUUGGUGGGAGGGGGUGGGGAGGAGGGUAGGCCAGUGACGUCACUCGGGAGCGGGAAUAAAUCUCCCCGGCCGCAAUCUGGGCCAGGGCACUUUCUGGGGAGUGGAGUGGCUGUCCGGUUCGGGGACACUUGCCGUGGGCAGGGCCGCCCCUCACUGCGCCCCAGUCCCUGGGAGCCAAGGCGCUUCGGCUCGAGGCCGCGCCAAGAGCACCAUGCCCCAGAACGUGGUCCUCCCGGGCCCUGCACCCUGGGGCUUCAGACUGUCGGGGGGCAUAGACUUCAACCAGCCUUUGGUCAUCACCAGGAUUACUCCAGGAAGCAAGGCGGCAGCUGCUAACCUAUGUCCUGGAGAUGUCAUCCUGGCUAUUGAUGGCUUUGGUACAGAGUCCAUGACUCAUGCUGAUGCACAGGACAGGAUUAAAGCAGCAACACACCAGCUGUGUCUCAAAAUUGACAGGGCAGAAACUCGCUUAUGGUCUCCACAGGUAUCUGAAGAUGGGAAGGCUCACCCUUUCAAAAUCAACUUAGAAGCAGAACCACAGGAGUUCAAACCUCUUGGUACCGCGCACAACAGAAGGGCCCAGCCUUUUGUUGCAGCAGCAAACAUUGAUGACAAAAGACAGGUAGUGAGCGCUUCCUAUAACUCACCAAUUGGGCUCUAUUCAACUAGCAAUAUACAAGAUGCACUUCACGGACAGCUGCGAGGUCUCAUUCCUAGUUCGCCUCAAAAUGAACCCACAGCCUUGGUGCCCCCCCAGUCAGAUGUGUACCGGAUGCUCCAUGACAAUCGGAAUGAGCCUACUCAGCCUCGCCAGUCGGGCUCCUUCAGAGUGCUCCAGGAAUUAGUGAAUGAUGGCCCUGAUGACCGUCCUGCUGGAACUCGGAGUGUGAGAGCUCCAGUUACCAAAGCCCACGGCAGUGCUGGCAGCGUUCAGAAGAUGCCAAUCUGUGACAAAUGUGGGAGCGGCAUCGUCGGCGCUGUUGUGAAGGCUCGGGACAAGCACCGGCAUCCGGAGUGUUUCGUGUGCGCCGACUGUAACCUCAACCUUAAACAGAAGGGCUACUUCUUCGUGGAGGGGGAGCUGUACUGCGAAACCCACGCAAGGGCUCGCACGAGGCCCCCACAGGGCUACGACACAGUUACUCUCUAUCCCAAAGCUUAAUUAAGCCUUACACAGACCCGAGCACGCACACACUCACGCGCACUUACACACGAAGACAUCGGUGGCUUUGGGCAGAAGUAUAGCAAACGGUUGGCUCCAAAUCUAAAACCAAGGCUUUUAGACGUUUUUCCUACUGUUACUGAAGAACAGGGAGCGGGAGACAAAUGCCUGCUAUAAAUGUACUCGGAAACAUACACUUAGCUAUGUUUUUUCUCUCUCUCGGGCUAGUAAUAACUUAAGGACAUUGAAGGCAAUAAUUUUUUUAUAUGUCAUACCCCACAAUUUAUAUUUAUAUUGUGACAUCAAGAGAUUCGGGGGAGUCUAAUUAUCUUUCCUUAACAAGCUGAUUUUGCAAUUGUAGUAAAUACCAAAUGACAAUCUUGUAGUCUAACCCAACCUGCAAUUGUCUGUUACCUGUUUUAACUAUUAUAGUGCAUGUCAGAAAGAAAUUCCCUAGAUUUCUCUAGUUUCGUAGUCAAACAAUUAUACCACCAGAUGCAACAUACAUAAUAAAUACAUAAAAUAUUUUUAAAAUA